AUGGCAACCAACACGGCCUGGGCGCUGGUCCACGCGGUGGACGAUGCGCAGGGCGUCAUGGCGCUGUAUACACACCUCAAGAACGCGCAUCCCGGCGUUGCUACGUCUGCGUUUGCGGCACUCGACGUCUUGAUGCGUGCGAAGAUGUCGACACGCAAUGCACUCACGGUCGUCAAGACGGCCACACCGCCGAUCGUCGAGCGCCUCGGCGAUGCCGCGGAGCAGGCUCGGCCGCUCGUGCUGCGCGCCGCCGACGUCGCGUACGGCAUCGAGGCAGGGGCGGUGCGCGAGGCGGAUGCGCCGCAUACCGCGCUGGAGCGCAUCCUGCGUGAAUCACUCGCGCACGCCUCGCCACGCGUCCGGACCGAAGUCUUGCAGCUCCUUCCGGACGUCCGUGCCAAGUGGCCACGCAUGCACCUGCGCCCGUUCCUCCCGGUGCUCGUUUCGAAUGUGCAGGCGGCCGACGCGGGCGUGCGCGCCGCGGCCCGCAGCGCCGUCGGGACGCUCUUUGCUUCUGCCCCGAACGCCGCUCAGUCGGAUGUGCGCACGGCCCUCGAAGAGGCGGGCGUGCGCAAGCCGGUCGUCGACGCGAUCAUGGGCGUCGUCGAGCAGGGUCACUCGCCGGCGGCGCUUGCCUCGUCGCACGCCGCGCCGCCGCUGCCGGCCGGCCUCGCCGAGGUUCCGAUGGACGACGUGAAGCGCGUCAUGCUGUACGACCGUCACGACGUCGACCGCCUCUUUGAUCCCGCGCCGUUUGCCGGCCGCGAGAGCGAGGAAAACUGGCAGCCGCGCGAGCGUGCGAUCGUCGCACUCCGGUCCGUGCUCCGCGACGGCGUCCCGGCAGAGUACGAGGGAAGUUUUCUGGCGCACGUCCGCACGUUCCAGGACGCGAUCCUCAAGGCGCUCGCGACGCUGCGCACGACACUGUCGAUGCAUACCAUCUACCUCAUUCGGCAGCUUGCGCUCACGUACGCCUACGAGCUCGACCACACGCUCGACGCCUUCUUUACGGCAUUGAUUCGCAUGGCGGGCUUUACGAAAAAGAUGGUCGCGACAGCGAGCCAGGUCGCCGUCUCGACGAUCCUCGCGACGGUGCCGCUGCGCAGCGUGCACUGGUCGCAGAUCCAGCAGGGGAUGGGCGACAAGAGCGCGGCGACGCGCGUGCAUAUGGUCAAGCACCUAAAUGUCGUGCUGCAAAUGCACGCGCACCGCCGCGGCGCGAUCGAGGCGCAUGGCGGACUUGACGCACUCACGCACUGCAUUGCGCGCGCGCUCGGCGACCAGAAUGUCGAGGUGCGCACGACGGCGCGCGACACGUUUCUCCUGUUUCAUUCGCGUUAUCCGGCCCAAGCGACGAGCGUCCUCGACGUGCUGCCGCCUGCGGCACGCAAGCAGACGGCGGCGAUGAUCGACAAGCCGAGCGAGCCGAAAAAGGCACGCACGGGCGCGUCGAGUACUGUGCUUGCUGCGAAACGCGCCGCGAUCCUUGCCAACUCGCCGCGGCGCGACGAAAGCGAGGUGCGUGCAAAGCCGCGCGCGUCGGUGUGGCAUCCGAGCCUGGCCGAGACGCCUUCGGACGCGUCGAGCGAUCUGAUGGGCGGCACGAGCCCAUGGGGGGGCGAGGCGCCGCAGACGCCCAAGAUGAAGCAGCCGACGAUUGCGUUUGCGUCAGGCAACGUCGCUUUUACGCCGCCGAUCGAGCAGAUUUCGGCAGAUGCACAGCGUGCAGCGCACGAUGCGACGGCGUCGGCGUCGCAGCUGUCGAGCAUGGUCGCCACGCUCGAGACACGUGCAGAUGGCGACCAGGAUGUGUCGGCAGCGGCAGAGCAGCUGAAGCGCGUGGGCCUUGCGGAAGAAAAGAAAGAGGAGGAGGAGGGCGCAGUCCAGCAAGACGAGGCUAUGGGCAAGGCCGAUGAGACGGCGGCCCAGGAAACGGCCAAGGAUAAGAACGACGAGGCUACGGAUAAUGCGGAGACGGACAAAGAGAAGGACGGUACCGAGGAAGUCGAGGCCGUGGCGGACGUCUCUGUCUCGAACGUGACCGAGACGGCCGACACUGUGGACGAGUCGAGAGCAUCGGCGCCCGGAGCGGAUGCCAAAGUUUUUGAGGCCGAGGCCGAGGCCAGUGCUGCCGCGCCCGAAGAUGUCGGUCCCAGCGCGCAAGAGCCAACAGCCACGACGAUCUCUACACACACCCCUGCGACGUCAGGCUCUAUUCCUCCUACGACGCCCCGCGCGCUGUCCCACGCGAGCGAGUCGCCCGGCACGCCCGGCGCGUCCCUUCAUACCCCCCACCCCUCGACUCCCGCGCGCUACUUUCUUGCACGCUGCGACCGUGAAGAUGCACUGGCUGGCGCGACCCCCCUUGCUGUGUGUCUUGAGCGGAUCGCUGCACGCGAAGCCGACGUGUCGACGCUGCGCGAUGUGGCGCGGCGCAUGACCGAGGCCGACGCGUUUUCUGCGUGGCCGUUGUCGAUGGACGCGUUCCUCGACCAUCUUGAAACCUAUACCUCGCUCCCCCCCGACGAUGUGCUAUGGCCCCCUGCCCUCUUUGUGGCCUACCGCAUCGUGCAGCACGGCUACGCGCACCUUGCGCGCGAAGGUGUCGAGCUGCGCUACCUGACGCUGGUGCUCAACGUGCAAAAAGAGACGCGUGCCGGCUACUCGCUUGCGCAAGGAGCAUCCCGUGCGAUGCUGGAUGCGUGGGCGCAGCAAUCCGACCCGGUCCUGGCGAGUGAUGUGCUGCGGACGGCGCUGCGCCUUGCCACGAGCCAUGUCCUGGCGCCCGGCGCCCAAGCGGCGAUGCAUGCGUCGGCAAUGCAUGCGUUUGGCACGCUCUUUUCGCGCAUCCCUCCCGCGCUGCUUUCAGACGAGCUGCCGCGUACGGCCGACGUCGUGCAGCUGUCGCUGUCCGACCCCCAUCCUGCGGUGCGCCGAUCGGCGAUCGGUGCGCUGGUGCAGGCCCAGACCGGUCUGCAGGACCUGCCGCGGCUCGUUUCGCUCUAUUCCUUGUCGCGCACGCAGACAAGCCUCCUCGAGGCCUCGGAGCCUGACGAGAAAGUAAGCACUCCCCUUAACGCCGACGACGCGGGAGCGCCGUCGAACCGCACCAACUCGCCUUUUCGGACCGGCAAGCGCCGCUGGAACGCCCGCGAGAGUAAAAAGAAGCGCCCACGCUCUAUGACCUCUCCGAAGGAGUCUUCGCGGCCCAAAGGCGGGCGCAGCGAGCGCCGCGAUCGCCGCCGCGCCUCACAGGAGCCCGAAGAAGAUAUGUGGUACGACGACGAGGACGACGCGAUGGACGAGGAGCUCGACGAGGCAGGCCUCGGCCACGAGCUCGGCUUUGACCUGAACAGCCUCUCGGGGCUCUUUGGUGGCCUCUCGAGCCGCUUCCGCCAGCUGCUGCAGGCGCUGCAACGCAGCGCACACGACCGCACCGCCCGCUUGCUCGCUUUGCAGGAGCUCUCGGAAGUGCUCAGCAUGGCGACCGAAGAUACGCUCCUCGGCCAGUUUCCGACCGAUGCGAUCGUCGCAGAGCUCGUUGCGUCGCUCGGCGGUGCGGAGCCGGACCGCCCGGCGGCCAUCGAGGAACUCGACGAAGACCAAGCCCUCGCUGCGGUCCUUGCAGCGACCGGCGGCGGCGACGACAGCGAGCUCGAGGUGUAUGCGUGCCGCUGCAUUGCGCACCUGCUCGAAGCGCUGCCGGAAUCCGCACAGAGCGUCGUGCGCCACGGCGCCGUGCCACUGCUCAUCGAAAAGCUGCAGGAAAUCACAUUUAUCGACCUCGCCGAACAGGUGCUGCAGACGCUUGAAAAACUCUCUGCGACGCACGCCCAGGCGAUUGUGCGCCACGGCGGCAUGCAGGCGAUGCUGCAGUACAUCGACUUCUUUUCGCUGUACGUGCAGCGCACCGCCAUGGGCACUGCGGCGAAUUGCUGCCGCCACCUCACGCCCGCCAUGGCGUCGCGCGCGGUGGACAUUGCGCCGAUCCUCCAAAACGUCCUGUCGUACUCGGACAUGCGUCUGGUCGAGGCGGCGACGCGCGCCCUGUGCUCGAUGAUCGAGGCGUAUGCAGACAACGCCGAGCUCCUCGAGCAGCUCUUGCUCGAGACGGACCUCGUUGCGCCGGCCGCCGCGCUGCUUACGCGGGCGACGGGCAAGGCGAGUGGGCCGGCGCUCGGCGCGACGGCGUAUGCAGACCUGCUGCAUGCGCUCGCGCUUGCAGCCAAGGCCAGCACCGGCAUUGCCCAGGUCUUGUACGAGCACCACGCGAUCGACCUGUGCUACUUUUUGCUGACCGGCGCGACAGACGACGUGCCGCAGCCGACAGCCACCGACGUGCUGCAGAACCUCGCGCGGCGGUCGCCGGCGCAGGUGCAAGAGGCGCUCUUCCUCGCCACCGAGCUGCUGCCUGCCUUGCCCCGCGACGGCAUCUUUGAUAGCAGGGCCUAUUCGGAAAAAGCGCUCAGUGCGCUCGAGCGCCGCGCCACGCGCGAGGGGUGCGCGAUCGGCGAGCUCGGCGAGGACCUCGACGACGCGCCGGCGCGCCGCGUGAGUGCGUCGGCGGCGCGUCAUCGGCGCAUGGUCGAGGAGCGCGCCACGGCGCAGGCCGCGUGGCCGGGCUUUUACGCGCACUACUGCCGCCGCCUCCUCCCGACGAUGGUCGAGGUGUACGCGGCGACAGUCGCGCCGGGCGUGCGUGCCAAGAUCUUUUCGGGGCUCCUCAAGAUGCUGCACUAUGCCGAGCCGGGCACGCUACGCGAGAGCGUGCACGACGUGCCGCUCGCGAGCUUCCUGGCCGGCGUGCUGGCUGCGCGCGAGCCGGCGGGCCUGAUGCAGAGUGCGCUGCAGGCCGUUGAGCUGCUUGUGGCACGGCUGCCGAGCAUCUACGAUACGCUGCUCGUGCGCGAAGGCGCGCUGCACGAGAUUGGCGGACUUGCGCAAGGUGACGGCGCGCAAGAAGUCGUGUGGCGCGCCAAGAUUGUCGAGGCGCGCCUCUCGACGCGUCUCGCGUCGGGCCAAGGCGUCGACCGCGCCCGAACGAUCCUUGCGUCGCUGCAAAAAACCGCCGAGCGCAUCCGCGACGCGGGCGACAGCGACGCGGCCAAGAGCGUCCUCGACGAGCUCGCCGACGUGCUUACCAACACGCAGCCCGUGUCGAGCUUUGAGCUUUUGCACUCGGGCCUGGUCGACCAAGUGUACGCGUUUGCGACGAGCGAGCGGCACGCCGUGCCUCUGGCCGAGCGCCGCCGGAUGCUCGCGACGACGCUUGCCUACCUCCCCGACGGCGCAUCGUCGUCGGCAGGCUACCGCUUUGUGCGCCGCCUGCACCAGAGCCUGAGCCGCCUUGAGGACUUGCAUGUGGCCGGCACGGUGCUUGAUACGCCCGCGUCGCUCGCGCAGCAGCUGCGUCUGCGACUCGAGGCGGACGAGGCGACGGCCGAGGCGCUGCCACGCACCUUCCGCUCGCUCAUGGUCUCGAUCCACGGCGUAGCCACGGUGCAGGCCUUGCACGACUUUUUGCGGCCCAAGAUCGAGAUGGCGCUCUCGCGCCGCGGCAUGCCUGCCCUCUCCGAGGUGCUUGCGGCGCUCGCGGGGGCUGAUAAGGAGGAAAAGGACGAGUCGUCCUCGCGUCUUCUCGACCAGCUCUUUGACGGCGAGAUGGAGGUCGGCAAGGUCGAGGACAAGGAGGCCAACGUCGAGGCGGCCGGCACGCCGAGCGAGGCGCGUGAUGAGGCCAAGGCUGAAAAGGCCCCGGAGCCGAAGGACGCGCCGGAAUCGUCGAGGCGCUCGUACGCAUCCGCCGUCCAGUCCCCCGAGAAUGCGUGGCACAUUGCGUUCUCGCUCGAAGAGACGCCGAUGCCGCUCCACGCGACGCUCUACGGCUGUGUGCACCGCCUCGAGUCGGCGCGGAACGAGACCAAGCCGGCGAAUACCGUGUACACGAUCCGCUUCCAAAAGGUCGACGGCCCCGCGCCCGAGGCGCCCGAGGAGGCGCCGCCCGCGCCAGCCACAGAGGGCUACGAGGUCGCGCUUCCUCCGAGCAUCAAGCCCGAUGCGCCGUACGCACGCAUUCUGCAGCUCCUCGGCGCGAUCCACGGCCUGGCCGACGACGGGGUGUACGCCGGCAGUCCGUUUGCGCUGAACGACCAGGCGUUUAUCAACAACAAGCUCACCGCAAAGCUUGCGCAGCAGCUGCACGAGCCGCUGAUUGUCGCGAGUGCGUGCCUGCCUGCGUGGGCGCACGAGCUGCCCGAGCGCCUCUCGUUCCUCUUCUCGUUCGAGACGCGCUACGCGUACUUCCAGGCGACGGCAUUUGGACACGCGCGCCUGCUCAGCCACUACAAAAAGACGGACCCGGGGCCGUUUGACGACGUGCUGAGCAUGCUCGCGCAGCUUCCCCGCCAAAAGGUACGCAUUGCACGCGAUAGUCUCUUGCCGUCGGCGGUCAAGGUGCUGGAGCUGUACAGCGCCGGCGCGUACCUGCUCGAAGUCGAGUACUUUGACGAGGUCGGCUCCGGCCUCGGCCCCACGCUCGAGUUCUACGCGCUGGUCUCGAAGGAGUUUGCGCGCGCCGACCUCGGCCUGUGGCGCGCCGACGAGACGAGCGAAGUGGGCGGCGUGACCUACGUGCACCCCAAGCAGGGCCUCUUCCCGGUGCGCAUCGGCGACAAGGGCGCCAAGCUCUUUACGACCCUCGGGCAGUUUGUUGCCAAGUCGCUGCUCGACGCGCGCAUCAUCGACGUGCCGCUCAACCCCGUGUUUGUGCGCAAGGUGCUGGGCCAGCGCGUCGAGCCGACGCUCGCGACGCUGCGCCAGGUCGACGCAGCGCUUGCGCGCUCGCUCGAGGCGCUUCAGACCAUGCCUGCGGCCGAGCUCGAGGCGCUCGCGAUGGACUAUGCGGUGCCUGGCAGCGGCGAGUCGCUGGGCGACGGCGUUGUUACCGCCGCGAACGUCGAUGCGUACGUGCGCGAUGUCGCGUCCGCCGUGCUCGACAUUGGCGGCGCCGUCGACGCGUUCCGCACCGGCUUUGCAGGCGUGCUGAGCCUCGACACGCUGCGCGUCUUUGCCGCAGAGGAGCUCGUGCUGCUCCUCGGCCACGCCGACGAGGACUGGAGCGAGGCGGCGCUGCGCCGCGCACUGGUGCCCGACCACGGCUUUAGCGGCGAGAGCAGCUCGUUCCUCGACCUGGUCGCGAUCCUCGCGGCAUACACGCCAGAGGAGCGCCGCGCCUUUUUGCAGUGGCUCACGGGCUCGCCGCGCCUGCCGAUCGGCGGCUUUGCGGGCCUGCAUCCCCCGCUGACAGUCGUGCGCCGCGACCACGAGGCGCCGCUGCAGCCGGACGACUACCUGCCGAGCGUCAUGACCUGCGUCAACUACCUGAAGCUGCCGUGCUACUCUUCGCGCGACGUGAUGCAGCGCCGUCUGCAGACGGCCGUACGCGAAGGACUAACGAGUUUCCAUCUAUCGUAG